AGAUAAUUAGGAUGACAGUCCGCCUCCACAAAUAGGGGACCCGGGGCCUGUGGACCAUGCUUGCUGAAGCAUCCUCCCACAGUAGGGAGAGAAGGACCUUAACCAAUUGCCUGUAACACAAUAGAUCAGUGCUUCUUUCCUAGACAAGGCUGAAAGGGGUCAACAGUAUUUCUGAAGACCUCGUUAUUAGAAUUCUAUUUUGAUGAAAGUGACCUCACUGGGCUAUUUUAGAAUCAAAAUCUGGCUUGGUGUCUGGCCUCCCUCAACGGCUUCACGUGGCUUUCAAAGGGGAGGGGGUAGUGCUGACUUUUGCUAAAAUGGGUGAAAGGGUCCAAGCCAGCAACAAUCACUCAAAGUCCAGAUGAGGGAUCAGUAAAUACAACGUGCCUGAAAGACAGGCCUUGAGCACAUUCCUCUGGUAGACAUUAACUUAUUAAAUAGACCCUGAUUGCAAAAAUAAACUUUGCCCCCAUCUCACCUGGCAACCAUAAAGGAGGCAGAUUUCAGUCUAUAAAAGGAACUGGGAACUGUCCCUGGCUUUCACAGGCUCCAACAUCCCGCCCCCGCCAGUGUCAAGAUGUGGCACCUCAAACUCGUUGCACUGCUUGUGAUCUGUCUGCUGCUGUUGGGCCAGGCAGAUGGCUCCCCAAUACCAGAGCUGAGUUCGGCAAAGAGAAGGCUGCGGAGAAUGACCCCAUUUUGGAGAGGGGUUUCCCUCAGGCCCAUUGGAGCCUCUUGCCGGGACGAUUCUGAGUGUAUCACCAGGCUAUGCAGAAAGAGACGCUGUUCCCUAAGUGUGGCCCAGGAGUGAUGGACAUACGAGGGAAAGAGGACAGCACUAUCCUACAAUGCUCCGUUCUAUGGAAUAUUGAGUAACUGCAAUUUGGCUGGAGACACUUAAGUGAAGCAAUCUUGUGUUUUUAAAAUUUAAAGACAGAUGUAUGCUUUAAAUUGGUCUCCGUUUCUUCUUAGAAUGUUGAUAUUUAGAUGAGCAUGACUAAACUUGUCACUUUAGAGUUUAUUUUUCUACGUAUACUAUUAAAUGUCUUAAAUUGAAAUCUUGGCAGUCUGUAAUUCAAGCCUUUGAUGGGAAGGAUUCACUUUGUACACUAUAGAAAAAAACAUCAUUGCCUAAUAAUGAA